CCACAGUCCCUCCCUCCCCCUUCCCUCCUCUGCGUGACCCUGCUCUCUCUGCACCCAGAGUGCAUGAAGACGCUGUCACGAGAGUCAGGGAUCCAACAACAGGCCUUAAGAAAUGUGGCUCUUAUACCUCCUGCUGCCGGUCCUGUUCUACGGGGUUGGAGGCGCCAUCCCCACCCCUCAGAGGCUCUACGGGGAGGUGACAUCCCCUCUGUUCCCCAAGCCUUACCCUAACAAUUUUGAGAGGACCACUGUGAUCACAGUACCCACAGGGUACAGGGUGAAGCUUGUCUUCUGGCAGUUUGACCUGGAGCCUUCGGAAGGUUGUUUCUAUGACUAUGUCAAGAUUUCUGCUGAUAAGAAGACCAUGGGGAGGUUCUGUGGGCAGCUGGGUUCUCCCCUGGGCAACCCCCCGGGAAGGAAGGAAUUCAUGUCCCAAGGGAACAAGAUGCUGCUGACCUUCCACUCAGACUUCUCCAACGAGGACAACGGCACCAUCAUGUUCUACAAGGGCUUCCUGGCAUACUACCAAGCCGUGGACCUGGACGAAUGUGCCUUGCAGCUCAACUCGGUUGAGGAGGACCCCCCGCCCCGGUGCCAGCAGCUGUGCCACAACUACGUCGGCGGCUAUUUCUGCUCCUGCCGUCCAGGCUAUGAGCUCCAGGAGGAUGGGCGUUCCUGCCAGGCCGAAUGCAGCAGCGAGCUGUUCACGGAGCCCUCAGGCUACAUCUCCAGCUUGGAGUAUCCCGGACCCUACCCCCCUGACCUGCGCUGCAAUUACAGUAUCCGAGUAGAGCGAGGCCACACCCUCCACCUCCAAUUCCUGGAGCCUUUUGAAAUCGAUGACCAUCAGCAAAUACACUGUCCCUACGACCAGCUGCAGAUCUAUGUCAGCGGGAGGAACAUUGGUGAGUUCUGUGGAAAGCAAAGGCCCGAGCGCAUUGAUGCCCAAAGCAACUCAGUGGACCUGCUCUUCUUCACGGACGAGUCAGGGGACAGCCGGGGCUGGAAGCUGUACUACACCAGUGAAGUCAUCAAGUGCCCCCAGCCCAAGACCCUGGACGCAUUCACCAUAAUUCAGGACCUGCAGCCUCAAUACCAGUACCGGGACUAUUUCAUUGCUACGUGCAAAAAAGGCUACGAGCUUGUGGAGGGGAACAAGGCACUCCUGUCCUUCACAGCUGUCUGCCAGGAUGAUGGCACAUGGCACCGUGCCAUGCCCAGGUGCAGGAUCAAGGACUGCGGGCAGCCCCGAAGCCUGCUCAACGGGGCCUUCAAUUACACCACCAGAGAGGGGGUGAACACCUACGAGGCCCGUAUCCAGUACUACUGCCACGAGCCCUUCUACAAGAUGCACACCAAAGACGGCACAAGCGAGUCUGAGCGAGGGCUGUACACCUGCACGGCUCAGGGCAUUUGGAAGAAUGAGCUGGUAGGAGAGAAGAUGCCUCGGUGUUUGCCAGUGUGCGGGAAGCCAGUCCACCCUGUCGAGCAGAGGCAGCGCAUCAUUGGAGGCCAGAAGGCCAAGCUGGGCAACUUCCCUUGGCAGGCCUACACCAACAUCCAUGGGCCUGGGGGCGGUGCACUGCUGGGGGACCGCUGGAUCCUCACGGCCGCGCACACCAUCUACCCCAAGGACCACGAGGCUCAGGGGCCCCCCAACUUAGAUGUGUUCCUGGGCCACGUCAAUGUGGAAGAUAUCACCAAGCUGUCCAACCACCCGGUCCGUAGGGUCAUAAUCCACCCAGACUACCGCCAGAAAGAGUCCCACAAUUUCGAGGGGGACCUCGCCCUCCUGGAGCUGGAAAAUAGCGUCACCCUGGGCCCCAACCUCCUGCCAAUCUGCCUCCCAGACAAUGAGACCUUCUAUGACCCAGGUCUCAUGGGCUAUGUCAGUGGCUUUGGGAUCAUGGAGGAGAGAAUUUCUCACAACCUCAGAUUUGUCCGUCUGCCAGUAGCUAGGCGAGAGCUUUGCGAGCGCUGGCUCCGGCAAAAAAACAGGAAUGAUGUGUUUUCUGAAAACAUGUUCUGUGCUGGGAACCCAGCCACAAGGCAAGAUUCCUGCCAAGGGGAUAGUGGAGGGGUCUUUGCAGUGAGUGACAGGAAAAAUGACCGCUGGGUGGCCACGGGCAUCGUGUCCUGGGGCAUCGGGUGUGGUGAAGGGUACGGGUUCUACACCAAUCUCCUCCACUACGUAGACUGGAUCAAGAAAGUGAUGGAAGUGGAAGACUGAGCUCAGGAUUGCCUAGGUCAGAAUCCAGACAGCAGUGUAUUAAAAAAAAUUUUUUUUAUCUGACCAGUUGUUGAUAACUUCUAAGAAUCCAUAUUAAAAUCACUAAUGCAGAAAGACACCAUGUGAAAUAAAUUCUCUUCUGUAUAGUCCCAUCCACGUUCUUCACCUGAAACAACCCAAAGGUCACCUUUAUUUCCCCCAAGAAUUGCACAUGAUAUAUUCCACCAUAUCUAGGUAUCAUUGUCCUCUUCCAUUUUUAUACCAUGGUGUAACUGAAUAUACGAUGUCUUCCAAAUAAAAUUUUAUGGGAAA